CCUUACCUAUUUUUGUUUAUUUCGUAGAUUAAAUUGAUAAUGACUUCCUUGCUGAGGAGAUGUAUGGGAACGUUACCAAUGCGGUCAUCAUGUGUGACUUUGCAAUCCAGACAGCUCACCAAAGGAGCCAUCGAAUCUAAGCCUUAUAAAUUUAACUGGGGAAUCAUACCAGUAAUGGUUGUAUCUGUGCCAUGCAUGUAUAUUGGAGCGUUAGCUGCUAAACGUGGUGCUGAAUUUUUAGAAGAAUGGAACAUUUUUGUGCCAGAUGACGAUGAUGACUGAAACCUUGUUGUCAACUUAAAAUUGACUUUUAAAUUAUUACACACUUUUGACUUGUUUUUUAUAAUAUCUGAUUGUUGUUAUGGAUGUAUUUUUAGGUGGAUAUUGUAAAAUUUGUCCAGUUAAAUUGUCCAAUAUAAUUGAAUUUUGGUACAUCUUGUGCCUGUCUGUUGGGUCAGUAAUUUUUGAGUUUUGUGUGCAUGUAUUUUUAUGCGUUGUUGUAUCCAGAGAUAAUUGCCUUUGUAAAAAAAGCUGUCAAAGCAAUAUUAAAUUUUGUGGAGGA